AUGAGCCAACCGGAUCAGAAACCUCCACAAACUGGCCCGAACAUGAACAUGAACCUAAACAAUAUCGGGGGGGUCGUCGGCGGAGCACCAGGCAUGGACCACGGCGCGGCUCGCGGUAAUACAGGCGCCGGUUUCGACGGACGACAAAUGCUGAAUACAUACAUUUACGACUAUUUUUGCAAGAACGAUAUGUUCGACUGCGCGAACGCGUUAUUGAAGGCGCCGGAUGCGGAAGUCCAGGUGGACGCCAACUUUCGACCCAGUCCAUCGCGUAGGCCGCAAAAACACGAAAAUGAUGGCAAUGUCAUGAACGGCAUCGACGAAGAACCGAUGGACGGUGACGGUCAAAGGCAAGACGACGGCGACGAGGCCAAAAACAUCAAAGAUCUACCACCAGCAAAGGUGCCUACAUCUAUUUCAGGGUCAUUCUUACUGGAGUGGUGGUGUUGCUUUAUGGAUAUCUAUUGGGCGCGCACCAAGGGCAACGCAUCCAUUGCGGCAAACGCCUAUGUGAAUCAGACGCAGACCCAACAACGGUUUCGGAACGAGCAAUUCAUGCGGAUGAACCCGAACAACCAGGCAGCUCUCAUGGGCCAGCAGAUAAACUAUCCCGCUCGGAUGAUGCCCGGAGGGAUAAAUGGUGUGCACGCUGGCCAGGAAGGGACGGGCAGUCCUGGCGACAUGGCGCAUAAACCGGGUCAACAAGGGCAGCUACAGCGCUCUGUGUUGCAGAAAAUGACUGCGGCGGGGAGAGGACCACACCAGAUGACGCCCCUCGGUCGCCCACAACUGAUGCAGCACAUGGCCAGCCGGGAUGAAAUCAAUGAGAUGAACGGGCAACAAAGACCUCAAUCACCGGCGGCUGCAGUUGCAGCUGCGUCGCCUGGCAACAAGCGAGUACGCUUAGAAAAUGGACAAUAUGAGCAAGUCGGGAAUGGAAGAGGCGGUACACCCCAAGGCGUUCCCCCAGGCGCCGCGGCACAGAGCGCCACUGUCAAUGCGGCCCAGCAGAUGUUGAUCGCGAACGGCAUUAACCCCAACACACUGUCCGCGAACCAGUUUGCGGCCUUUCAAGGUCAGCCUCCUCAUUCUCAGCAGCGUUCGAUGCAGAUGUAUGCUCAAAACAUGGCUGCAGCUACGGGCAAGAACAUCGCGCAGUUGCAGGGUGGGCCCAAGGGAAUGCCGCAGAAUUCAGGACAAGCAGGAUCACCAAUGAUGCCGCAGACAUCAGAAGGCGGCCUUGGUGGAAGCAUGAAUGAAUUCUACGCUGCUCCUGGCGGUGGAAUGCGCGCUGGUGGUUUGGGUGGAGCCGGAAACCAUGCUCUGCAGGACUAUCAGAUGCAGCUGAUGCUGCUUGAGCAACAAAACAAGAAGAGGUUGAUGAUGGCGAGGCAGGAGCAGGACAACAUUGCCACCCAUAACGAUGCGAACCGGCCCGGCUAUCACCCGAGCAUGUCACCCAACAGCCGAGCGGUGCCCUCACCAGGGCCCGGUGGGAAAGCUAGUGGCAUGGCGGGAACGCCCAAGAUGCCGAAUCAAGUUCCUGGCUCACCACUACCCGACGGCCAGAUGGGCGGGCGGUUGCAACAAGGGAACUCGCCCGCAGCUGCGGGUUUCAACGGUCCGAUGGCGGAAGGCAACCAUCCAAUGAUGUACAGUCAGAUGGCCAACAACGGUGCUGGUGUACCCAACGGUGUAGGCAUGAUGCGACCGCCUGGCUUCGAGGGUCAGAUGCAGCCGGGGAUGGCCGCGCAGAUGAACCCGAACAUGCGGGCGCAACAGGCUGGUCGAGGGCAGCCGGCAGCGCAGCAGCAAGCACAGCAGCAAGCGCAGCAGCAAGCGCAGCAGCAAGCGCAGCAGCAAGCACAGCAGCAGGCGCAGCAACAAGCGCAGCAGCAGCCACAGUCCCAGCAGCCCAGCCAGCAGCAGCCCAACCAGCCUCCCCAGCAAGCCGGUACACCGCAGCCUCGCCAGCAGACCCUACCACACACGGCUAUGCCUCCUCCUCAAGCACCUGCCAAUCCUCCCGGUGCAGGCCGACCAGCGCCGGCUUCUCCGCAGGUGAACAACCAGCCUCCCACCCCUACCCAGACGAACAAGGCAAAUCCGAAGGGAAAGAACGCCCCGCAAACCAAAAAGCAGCGACCAAAGAAGGGCGCCGCUCCGCCCACCGCGCCAAGCGUCGUUACGCCAACGACAUCAGAGCCGCCGACACCGACAACACCGACGAUCCCGCAACACCCUCACUCGUUCAACGGUCCCAACAACGGUCGACCAAAUUUCACAUCGGGCGGGCCAAAUCCAUCGGGAAACACUUCUGCUGGACAGUCUGUACAACAGCCCACACCGAACCCCGCGCCUGCGGCGCCACCAGUACCGAACGACCCGAUCCAGCCCGCUUCCACUUUUGCUGGCAUAGACAUGAAUGUGGAUUUCUCGGGAGACUUUGGCAACGGCGAAUCGGAUCUUUUGGACAACUUCGAUUUUGAUUCAUUCUUGAAUACCACGGAGGAUAGCUCUGGCGGACUUGGGUUUGGGGAUAACCUGCAAUGGGCAGACGGUGGUGAGGUUGCAGGAGACUCGUAA